AAUAAAAAACAAACAAACAAUAUAAAAUGCGCGCGAGAAAAUAUUUUAAUCAAAAAAAUUUAGGAAGUGCAAUUCUUCGCAAAGCGAAAGUGUGAAUUCCAGUUGACAUUUUCCUCUCUCGCGCUGGAAUUCGAAUGGAUUCAACCGCCAAUUCGCUGAGCUCAAGCAGAUUUAGUACAGAGAAGUUCUGCGCGGCUUUGUUUCCGAUCGUCGCGACGAUCGACGCGCUGAUAGUCGCGGUUUCCGGCUGCUUCGGUUGUGAAAAUUGGAGUCGGAAGAGGAAGCCGCGGUUUGGAUAUGAGGAGAUUACUCGACUCUCAGAAGAAUCUCGAUUUUCCUUUAAUGAAGUGGAGGCAUUGUAUGAGUUGUUUAAGAAGCUAAGUAGUUCCAUUAUUGACGACGGAUUGAUUCAUAAGAUCCACAUGUAUAAUAUCAUCACAUGGAUCCACUCACAGAUUUUAGUUCACAUGCAGGAAGAGCUUCAACUAGCUUUGUUCAGAACUGCAAGUGGCGAGAAUCUUUUUGUCGACAGGGUUUUUGAUAUUUUUGAUGAGAAAAAGAAUGGAGUGAUUGAGUUUGAGGAAUUUGUCCAUGCACUUAAUGUGUUCCACCCUUAUGCACCCGUGGAAGAGAAAAUAGAUUUUGCAUUCAAGCUGUAUGAUUUGAGACAAACUGGUUUCAUAGAGCGAGAAGAAGUCAAGCAGAUGGUGGUUGCGCUAUUUGUUGAAUCUGAAAUGGAACUCUCUGAGGAAGUCUUGGAGCAAAUAAUUGAUAAAACAUUUGAGGAUGCUGAUGCUGAUGGAGAUGGCAGAAUUAGCAAAGAGGAGUGGAAGGCUUUCGUGCUACGACAUCCCUCCUCACUCUUGAGGAACAUGACUUUACCCUACUUGAAGGACAUCACCACUGCUUUCCCGAGUUUCGUAUUCAACACUGAGGCUGAUGAUUGAGAUGUACGGAUUGUUUCUUGGAUCAGUAAUACUACUAGAGCCCUUGGUUGAGAGAAUGGUCGCGUUGCGAAAUGAUUGAUUUAGCACAGGUUGCUUCUGGUAAUUCUCUCUGCUGUUGCCAAAGACUGAAACACCGCAUCAAUCCCAGGAUAACCGGAAGGGAAAGGAUUCUUUUGACUGCUCAUUAGGUCCAAUCAAGAAAAGAGCCCAUGGCUGCUACUGGUAAUUGAAAUACAACUUCGGUGGCAAGCUUUGGGUUUAGCUUAGUAUAUUUGAUGCAUAUAUCAGAACAAUUUUAUGAUUAGUAGGAAUCAAUUUUUGUGUUGAAGCAA